AUGGAGAAUGAUAAACAUAAUAAUCCCAAGACAAUAUUUAUACCAGAUGAUAUAGCUGAAGGGAUCUUUCACCAUCUUCCAAUAAAAUCACUGGCUAGAUUCAAAGUCUUAUCAAAAAAAUGGACAUCGAUGAUCGAAUCAACCUACUUUUCCCACAAACGACUCAUUCGUACAGGCUUACCAACCCCUAAUAUGAAAUUUCUUCAUAUUAGUCAACACUUUACAGCGAAUUUUGUUGAAGAAUAUUCAAACUCAAUAACUUUUCUUUUGGAGACUUUUUCUAGAGAUGAUCAAAACAACAGAAAAACUUUCGACGAAUCUCAAAAUAAAACUAUUCAAGUAUUGGGGUCUUGUGAUGGAUUGGUCUUGCUUCGGAUCCAUGACGAUUUCAGGUCCAUUUACUUGAUCAAUCCGACGACUAAAGAACACAUGAAACUUUCUCCCGAAUUUAUGCAAUGGCCAUUUACUCUUAGUUACUUAACCCCCGCAAUGGCCAAUAAACCAUGGAGACAACUUUCUCAAUCAGUAUUGGAUUAUGACAUAUCUGUGAAGAGAAUGCCGUCUCUUGCUGGAUUUGGCAAAGAUAUUGUUAAAAAAUCUUAUAAGGUGGUUUUGAUAUAUACAAGAUAUGAAAUACAUGAUCAUGAGUUCAAGGCCAAGGUCCUAUCCCUUGAUAAUGGUGAGCAAAGAGACGUAGGGUUUUAUGACAUACAUCAUUGUAUCUUCUGCGAUGAGCAAACAUCAGUCUACGCCAACGGAUCCCUCUUUUGGUUGACAUUAAAGAAGCUUAGUCAAACAUCUUACCAGCUAUUAGCUAUCGAUCUUCACACUGAAGAAUUUCGAUGGAUAUUAUUACCAGAGUGUGACACCAAAUAUGCUACUAAUAUAGAAAUGUGGAAUCUGAAUGAACGUUUGUGCCUAUCGGAUGUGCUAGAAAGUUCAAAUUUGGUCGUUUGGAGUUUACACCAAGAAUAUCCUACCGAAAAAUGGGAGAAAAUAUAUUCUAUUAAGAUUGACGUUAUAAGAACCAACCAAUUACAUGAAAAGUUUUGGAUGCUUGGUCUAGCGGCUGCCUAUUUUUCAAAUAUCAGAAAUCGUCAAGAUCAAGUUUCUUUUUUUAGACAAAGAACGAUUUCGUAUUUGCCAACAAUGAUUUCUCCUUCAAAUUUGAUGCUUUGA